AUGUCGUACACUGCUAAGACAACAAGCUUAAGGUAUGCCAUUCCCAAAUUUAGUGUCUUUCUGAGGUUCUUUUCUAAUUCCCAAAACCAUAACGCCAAAAGCAAUUCUGGGUUUGAUGCCAUUGGUGAUGCUGUGGCCUUAUUCAGUCGCUUAAUCACUAUGCACCCUCUUCCAUCUGUUGUAGAAUUUAACAUGAUUUUAGGGUCAGUAGUGAAGAUGAAGCAUUACUCUACUGCUAUAUCAUUGUUUAAAGAAAUGGGGUUGAGAAGACUCACCCCUUCUAUAGUGUCUUUGAGUAUCUUGAUCAAUUGUUACUGUCACUUGGGUCACAUGGGUUUUGCCUUUUCAGUGUUGGGCAUGGUUCUCAAGAUGGGUUAUCAGCCCAAUGCAGUAACCUUGACCACGCUCAUGAGAGGGCUUUGUGUCAAUGGUGAGGUUAGGAAAGCAGUGGACUUUCAUGAUAGCGUGGUGGCUCAGGGGUUCCUGUUGGAUGAAGUUAGUUAUGGGACCUUGAUCAAUGGGCUGUGUAAAAUAGGACAGGUAAGAGACGCCUUUGAGUUCCUGCAGAAAAUGGAAGUGCAAAUGGUUAGGCCUAAUGUAGUAAUCUACAAUAUGAUGAUUGAUGGUUUGUGCAAAGAUGGAUGUGUAACUGAGGCGUAUGGUUUAUAUUCAGAGAUUGUUGGCCGGGGAAUAAGUCCUGAUAUUUUUACUUACACUUGUCUGAUUCAUGGUUUUUGUAGUUUGGGGCAGUGGCGAGAAGUUACCCAGUUGUUGUGUGAUAUGGUUGACAAAAAGGUCAACCCAAAUGUUUAUACCUAUAACAUACUAAUUGAUGCAUUAUGUAAAAACAGAAUGCUCACUAAAGCUCAUGAUAUGUGUAAUUUGAUGAUUGAAAGAGGUGAACAACCAGAUGUAGUUACUUUCAACACUUUGAUGAGUGGAUAUUGCUUGUACAAUGAUGUGGAUGAGGCAAGAAAGUUAUUUGAUACAUUUGUUGAAUGGGAUAUUGUGCCUGAUGUUUGGAGUUAUAACAUCUUGAUUAUUGGGUAUUGCAAGAUUAAAAGGAUUGAUGAAGCUUUGAUCCUCUUCAAUAAAAUGCAUUGCACCAAUUUGGUUCCUAAUAUUGUAACUUACAGUUCUGUUAUUGAUGGCUUGUGCAAAUCUGGGAGAAUCUCUUACGCGUGGGAACUUUUUAGUGCAAUUUGUGAUGGUGGUCCAUCCCCUAAUGUUAUCACUUACAAUAUCAUGUUAGAUGCUCUUUGCAAAAUUCAACUUAUGGACGAUGCAAUUGGAUUAUUUAACCUAAUGUUUGAAAGGGGAUUGACUCCUAAUGUUUCGAGUUAUAACAUCUUGAUUAAUGGGUAUUGCAAGAGUAAGAGGAUUGGUGAAGCCAUGAACCUUUUCAAAGAAAUGGAUCACAGAAAUUUGGUUCCUGAUUCUGUAACUUAUAAUUCCCUCAUUGAUGGGCUGUGUAAAUCUGGAAGAGUCUCUCAUGCAUGGGAGCUUUUCUAUGCGAUGCAUGAUGGUGGUAUGGCAGUUAAUGUUAUCAGUUAUAAUGUCUUGUUAGAUGCUUUUUCCUAAGCACACCAUGUUUUCUGGGAAAGUUAUCAUUAAACCUAAUGUUUGAAAGGGGAUUGACUUCUUAUGGUUUUAGCCAUUGCAUCUUGAUCGAUGAAUAUUGCGAGGGUAAAAGGAUGGAAGAAGCUAUGAAUCUCUUCAGAGAUAUGGGUUGCAACAGUUUGAUUUUUGAUUCUAUAAACUCAUCUUUGCUAUUAAUGGCUCAGGAAUCUGGGAGAAUCUCAUCUGCAUGGGAACUGGUGGAUGAUAUAUGUAUAUGAUAAUGGAUGGCCAUCUAUUACAAGUUACAAUAUCUUGUUAGAUGGUUUUUUGCAAAACCAGCAACUCGGCAAGGUGACUAUUUUAAUUCAGUGCUGUCAAAAAAUAAUUCUUUGACAGGUGCAAAUUGCCCAAUGGGUUGGUUUUACAGAGAUCAAAUACUUAACAUUGCACUAGAGAUUUUUCAGCAUUUUGGUUGAACUUGUUAAUGUUGUCACAUGUAACACCAUUAUCAAUGGACUCUGCUUAGAAGGUUUGUUCAGUGAAGUAGUGAGAUUUUUUAUGGACGUAAAAAUGAGAAUGAUAAAGCAUAGGAGCUACUUCAAGAAAUGUUUGCUGGAGAUCUGAACAAAUGAUAAAACCUGCUUUGAUGUAGGUUGAAACCCAUGGAAAAUUCAUUGUUGCAUAUAGUCUUGCAUGGUCAUCUCGAAUAGUUCAUGAAAGGUGGCACUCUCUUGAGGCUCUCCCAUACUAUCUCUGAAUAUGUUGAACUACCAGGAUCAGGUAAGGGAAUUGGAAACCACAGCAAAAAAAUUAAAAGGGCAGUUCAUGAGCAUAAACAGUUGGUGUGGAAGGACCUGAACCCCAAAAGUUGUUCACCAUUAAUGUUAUUUCUGUAAUCCUUGGUGCAAAUUGUACUGCUUUAAUAAUUGCUUGUUCUGGUUAGAUUUUUUAAAAGAAGAAAGACAGAAAUUGAGAUUCAACUGAGGGUUGAAAAUUCAAACCCAAUUUUCUGUAUUGAAUUUACUCUUAGAUGUGUUGAUUUCAUUGUUCAGUAUAAAUGUAUGUUAAAGCAUUGAACGUGGGCAAAGGUUGCUAAUAAUAUCAAUGUUGAAUCAAAAGAAAGACA